AACAGAGCACAUCAGCAGCACACAGCCACCUCCUCCUCCAGCUAGUCUAUUUCUUUCCCUCUUUGGUGAGCCUUCCAGAGCCUUUUCAAUGUAUAAAAUGGAAUAUUCUUACCUCAAUUCCUCUGCCUACGAGUCAUGUAUGGCUGGCAUGGACACCUCCAGCCUGGCAUCAGCCUAUGCUGACUUCAGCUCGUGCAGCCAAGCCAGUGGCUUCCAGUACAACCCCAUCAGGACCACUUUUGGGGCCACCUCCGGCUGCCCAUCCCUCACCCCCGGAUCCUGCAGCCUUGGCACUCUCAGGGACCACCAGAGCAGCCCCUAUGCAGCAGUGCCUUACAAGCUGUUCACUGAUCACGGCGGGCUGAAUGAGAAGAGGAAGCAGAGGAGGAUAAGGACCACAUUCACCAGCGCCCAACUGAAAGAACUGGAAAGAGUGUUCGCUGAGACCCAUUAUCCAGAUAUCUACACCCGGGAGGAGCUGGCCCUCAAGAUAGACCUGACUGAGGCCAGAGUGCAGGUCUGGUUCCAGAACCGCCGGGCCAAGUUCCGCAAACAGGAGAGAGCAGCAGCUGCCGCAGCCGCCGCAGCCAAGAACGGCUCCUCGGGNNAGAAGUCAGACUCCUCGCGGGAGGAUGACAACAAAGACAACAAAAUCACCGACCCUGACAGCACUGGGGGCCCAGGUAACAACCCCAACCCCACCCCGAGCUGCGGAGGAGGCCCCAGCCCUACGGGCUCCCAGGGCACAGUGGGGCCCCAGGAACAAGUCAAAGGUGGAGUGCAAGGUUCUGCGGGUCUGACGUCAGCAUCGGUGGUCGGGGCCUCUGGAGGGGCACAAGGCUGGGCAACCGGUCCAGGAGGCACCAUCACCUCUAUCCCUGACUCCUUAGGAGGUCCAUUCGCCAGCGUCUUAUCAUCCCUGCAGAGACCCAAUACUACCAAACCCAGCCUAGUGAAGGGCAUGUUCUGAACGGGCCCAUCAUCGGUAUUAGUUCCGCUGCCUGUACUCACAACGACCUGACCACAUGGACUGCCAAGGACAGCUCAGCACCUGUAUAGGUGUCCUCAGGCCUGGGCAGCUUCUGGAUAAGCAUGAUGAGUGCAGACUCCAGCACCAAGGACCACUGACUGCUACCAGCCACCGGGUGUGGCCAGGGUGCCAAUGGGCUAAGCACCCAGCAGAUUCAAUGUAGACUGCCUGAACCAUCCAUCCACCAUGCCAAUGGUGUGUACAGAGACCGGCCCAGGGCAGAGCAAGGCUUCCCCUAAGUCGUGCUGCCUCUGUGACCCCCUUCUACCUGCCCUGGCCUGCCACAUCUCCACUGCCCACCCUCCCCAGUCAUAUAUUUAUUUAUCACAAUGAUUUGCACUGUGUUGCAGGCACUGCCUGUCUCUUACAGGACUGUCACGUCUCCUCCGGGUGAAAUAAUAACCUAUUUAUUACUUGUUUCAAUUUCAGAAAUUAUUUUUCGUUUUUUUAUUAUGAUGAUGAUGAUGAUGAUGAUUAUUAUUAUUAAUAUUAUUUCAUGGCACAACGAACCUAGCUAUUAGUUGUAUGUUGGAGGUAUGCUUUCUAUUUUCUGUCUUUCUACAGCAGUGUUCUGUGACAGUCGUAUGGUGUUAAUAGCAGUACACAUUUGUCGACAAUUGUUGGAGUAAAUAAUGUGUUCAAUGUCUUUAUGGGGAUAAUGAGGAUCUCAGUGGCCCCUGUUCUGUUUGUUUGAUCACUGGGUCCUUCCACACUUUCUGUUCUGUUCUGGCCCAGCUGCAUGUCGUCUGUUAUUUUCCAGCUCCCUCCAUCACCUUCUUUCUGUGUAGCUCUAUGAAUGUCUGUGCUGGGAAGACACGACUCCUACG